UUACCAUUUCGCUCUGCUACAACAAAGCCGAAUGCCAGCAAUGCGGGUUUGGAGGCCCCACCAGUGUCAGAUAGCUAACCACAGAAUGAUAUUUGAGCAAAUUUUUGCCAAUUUGGCUAAUCUAGCUAGGUGGCUAACAAGGCCCUAAACAAGGUGUCGGAGUUUUAGGUGGGAGAGAGGGACCGCAUUCAACACAUGCUCGCGAAAAUAAGGGAACGGUUGGCAUAGGGCAUAGUUAACGUUUUCCUGCAGCAAUGUGUUCGCUAACGUUAAUUAGCAGGGCAAUGUCCAUUUGCUUUGCGUCAGCAAAUGUUUUUUUUCUUCCUUUUGCAUUUAGGAAACUAGCUGCUGCUAGCUAGUUAUUAACUAGCCAGCUAGUAAGCAACCAAAGUGUUCACGCGCCCUGGUGUAAAUAGUUGCUAGAUAUUUAUAUAACUCGCUAGGCACUAACGUUAGCUAGCUCACACAAACUAGUAACUAACGUUGCGGUUGGAAUGUUUUGCUCUUAUUUGUCUACCGUAGUGCUCGAUGAGGCAACGUUAGCCACAAACAGGCCAAAUCUAGCUACAGUAGUUGGCUAAUACGUUAGUUCGCCAACGUGCUAGCUAGCUACUGUGUACAGUCUGGUUGCUAACUAAACAUGCCACAAAUCAUAAGUCAUCAAGAUAAUAGUCGUAAUAACCUAGUGGUCGUAAACUAGUUAGCCACUCAGGGACUAACAAAAUAAUGCUCUGCUCUUCUUCACAGCUUUGGGAGCAGUGAGGGGUCUUCAUGGCUGUUCGAAGAGGCCACAUCAGGUACCUAAAAGAGGUGUAUGACAUGUCCAACGGCUACGAGGAUCACAUGGGAGGAGGAGAUGAGGUGACGGAUGCCAAGACCAACCUGAUAGUCAACUACCUUCCCCAGAGCAUGAGCCAGGACGAGCUACGCAGCCUCUUCAGCAGCAUUGGCGAGGUGGAGUCCGCCAAGCUCAUACGGGACAAAGUGGCAGGCCACAGUUUAGGGUACGGAUUUGUUAACUAUCUUACCCCUAGCGAUGCAGAAAGAGCUAUCAAUACUCUGAAUGGACUAAGGCUACAGUCUAAAACUAUCAAGGUUUCAUAUGCGCGGCCGAGCUCUGACACCAUUAAAGACGCCAACCUGUACAUCAGUGGCCUGCCCAAGACCAUGACCCAGAAAGACGUGGAGGACAUGUUCGCUCGCUACGGACGCAUCAUCAACUCCCGGGUGCUGGUCGACCAGGCCUCGGGCCUGUCUCGGGGGGUGGCAUUCAUCCGGUUUGACAAGCGAGCAGAGGCCGAGGACGCCAUCAAAGACCUGAACGGACAGAAACCCCCCGGAUCUGCUGAGCCAAUCACAGUGAAGUUUGCUGCCAGCCCCAACCAGGCCAAGAACACUCAGCUCAUCUCUCAGCUCUACCACAACCAGGGACGACGCUUUGGAGGGCCAGUUCACCACCAGGCUCAGAGAUUCAGGUUUUCUCCGAUGUCUGUGGACCAUAUGAGCGGUAUGUCUGGGGUGAGUGUGCCGGGGAACGCCACCUCUGGCUGGUGCAUCUUCAUCUACAACCUGGGCCAGGACGCCGACGAGGGCAUCCUGUGGCAAAUGUUCGGGCCCUUCGGCGCCGUCACCAACGUCAAGGUCAUCCGCGACUUCAAUACCAACAAGUGCAAAGGCUUUGGCUUUGUUACCAUGACGAACUACGAGGAGGCGGCCAUGGCGAUCGGCAGCCUCAACGGUUACCGCCUCGGGGACAAGAUCCUACAGGUGUCGUUCAAGACCAGCAAAGGCCACAAGUAGAGAGAAAUAGUGGGGGUGAUAGAGGGAGGAGAGAAACCUCACGCCAGGCUUCUAAUAUGGAGGGUAAAUUGCCACAGUUUGACAAAACAAACUUGUUUUUAGCGUUAUCUCACUAAGCCCAUUCUCACUCUGCAUCUUUACUAGUCUAACAGAGAGUCUAGGCUGAGUUUGAUAUUUCUCUUGUUUUUUUACUCAUGAUUUGGGAUGUUCCAAACGCAGUUCUCAAUGUCCAUCCUGAUAUGGUGACCAAUUUCACGAUUCAAGACUAGAUUGUUUUUCCUGUGAGACUAAACUAGUGUCACUAUGUGCCAUAUGAAUGGUAGGACCACGGUAGGGACUUGGAGAAGGAUGCACCACAUUCAUGCGUCUCGUCUCCCACUGUAGGAGGAAGCAUGCUGUCUUAGACGCUGGUUCCAGUGUAGCCUGUACCCUGUCAAGCCAUCCACUGUCUCCAGCCAUUCUAAAAGAAAAGCACUUUUUAAAUCCUUAAUGUAUAAUGUCAGCCGUUUUGACGUAAAUCAUACAUUGGUCUUCUCUCACCCUGCAGAAUCAGUUUUAUACACACCAAGUUAGGUACUGAAUGGUACCAUUUACAUAGCAGCGCGUGUGUCCUGUUUUUGGGGGUCUUUUAAAAGUUGAAUCUCUGAGAGGCCAUGUAAAAAGGUCUGGAGAUUUUAAAGUAGGAAAGUGUUUAAGAAGGACCAAAGAAAUGGAAGGAUAAGCUCUAACUGCCCCAGGGCCCGUAUUCAAAUGCUGAUCAAGGAUCAGUUUGGCCUUGUCGAUCCUAGACCAGCAUUCAGUCCUCUGAGAAGCUUUUGUGAAUAGGGAAGAUGCUUACCGUUAUUAUUCAUUUCCCCUCACCAGUAGUAGUUGGGACAUCUGAACAACCGGUACGAAGGCUGAAUCUAACAAAGUGGGGCAACACUGCUCUCUCUCAUCCAGUUUGCUGUUUUUGUCUCUAUCUUUUGAUGUUUUUCUUGAAUUUUCUUUCUGAGAGAGACUAACUUUUCUUUUUUCGUCGAAGCGUAGAUUACUGAUCGUAGAGUUGGAAGAGUUUUUAUUUAAUUUUUUAUGCUCAUCUCGAGCUAAAGAAGAAUUUAUGGCCUUUGUGAUUUAUUUUUGUUGGUAUAGAUUUGUUUUGAUUUACUUUGCAUAUGCAAUCAUUAAAUUUUAUUUAGAUUUGACUCAACAUUUUGGUUUUGUUUCUUUUAUUUCUUCAGAUUUGGUUUGGGGUUUUUCUUUGGGGUUUUCUGUUUAGAUUGUAGAAGCUACAGACACCAGACUGCUAAUAUGAUGAUACUACAGUAUGACACUACUCAUCGCACUCCCAUUGAGAUAUUACAGGAUGUUUGAAUGGUCAACAUAAGGUUUAGCUAGACUCCAAGAUGGUCUGAAGGCCAAGAGGAUGCAGUCUCCAGUAUAAAACACCUCAGACUUUGGCCUUAUUUUCAUUCAAACUUAUGUGUGAAACAUGAGGCAGAGGGCUUUCAAGGUUUCAAAGAUGGGAGUCCUCCAGUUGAGGUACUGAAACAGUCUUGUUCCAUGUUAAUACCAUCUAGGAGUUACUGAUGAACCCAUAAGGAGUCUUCUAAUACAGUUACUGCAGGAGGCAGUUUGUCACUUAUGGACCUUCUUUGAUCUGCCUUGCGGCCAACAAACACAGUCAUCCUGAGAAACUGCCAUUUUUUUUUUUUAAAUGUGCAAUAACCUAAGAGCUUGGGUAAAAAAAAGAAGCUAAUCCCAGGCAUAUUCAAGUGACGUUUUUAGACUUAAAAUAAGAGGACUGUAAUCGGGAAGAAGACUGGCGGUUGGUUUGACAUCAAGCGAAUAUUCCUACAUCUGUUUUUAACAUAUCUUGGUUGUGCACUUUUCAUCACCAAGGCCUUUUCUAUGUAGGUUUGAGAAUGUAAUCUGUCGGAGAGAAAUUAACUGACUACAGAAGCAUCACAACACAGGAUCCGACAACUGGCUUUAGUUAGUUUCCUGCUGCAGCAGAUCUAGGAGCAGUUUACCCUUACACAGUCCUAACCUUCACCAUAAUGGGUGACACUUGUUUUAGAAAAUUAGGGCCUUGUCUCCUGGACUUUCAAUAGAGACUCCAUUGAGCAUGAUUUUAUGUCCAGAAGUAGGCUUCAUCUGGGUUCUGGGAACAGCCUAGAAACCAGACUGUAUAAUUCUCUCUCUUCUAAAAGUAUUGUGAUCUCUUGUCUUCAGAUCUGUAAAGCCUUACUAGUUUCCACAUGUGGACAAAAAUUACCGCUCCUGUCACAGGGAUAUCCUCUAUGUAAGCCUCAAGUUAGUCACUAUUGUUUUUAAGGAGAACAUUGAAAUAUCUCACGGAACAGUCCUGAUCAGAGUGCAUGCAAUAUGUGGUGGGUCUUUAAAAAAAUUAUGGACCAGAAACGGUACUAGAGUGGUUAUUCUGAACUGGAAACAGUACGAGAGAGUGGUUAUUCUGAACUGGAAACGGUACUGGACAGAGUGGUUAUUAUGAAAUGGCAACGUACUGGAGAGAGUGGUUAUUCUGAACUGGAAACAGUACGAGAGAGUGGUUAUUCUGAACUGGAAACGGUACUGGACAGAGUGGUUAUUAUGAAAUGGCAACGUACUGGAGAGAGUGGUUAUUCUGAACUGGAAACGGUACUGGACAGAGUGGUUAUUAUGAAAUGGCAACGUACUGGAGAGAGUGGUUAUUCUGAACUGGAAACAGCACUGGAGAGAGUGGUUAUUCUGAACUGGAAACAGCACUGGAGAGAGUGGUUAUUCUGAACUGGAAACAGCACUGGAGAGAGUGGUUAUUCUGAACUGGAAACAGCACUGGAGAGAAUGGUUAUUCUGAACUGGAAACGGUACUGGACAGAGUGGUUAUUAUGAAAUGGCAAUGUACUGGAGAGAGUGGUUAUUAUGAACCGGAAACGGUACUGGAGAGAGUGGUUAUUAUGAACCGGAAACGGUACUAGAGAGAGUGGUUAUUAUGAACCGGGAACGGUACUAGAGAGAGUGGUUAUUAUGAACCGGAAACGGCACUGGAGAGAGUGGUUAUUAUGAACCGGAAACGGUACUAGAGAGAGUGGUUAUUAUGAACUGGAAACGGUACUAGAGAGAGUGGUUAUUAUGAACCAGAAACGGUACUGGAGAGAGUGGUUAUUAUGAACUGGAAACGGUACUGGAGAGAGUGGUUAUUAUGAACCGGAAACGGUACUGGAGAGAGUGGUUAUUAUGAACCGGAAACGGUACUGGAGAGAGUGGGUAUUAUGAACCGGAAACGGUACUGGAGAGAGUGGUUAUUAUGAACCGGAAACGGUACUGGAGAGAGUGGUUAUUAUGAACCGGAAACGGUUCACUUGCUUGACUUUGUUCUCAUCCUUUUGAUAAUAUUUUUCUAUUGAGUUCUACUAAUCAGCUCUUGCUUUGCUAGCUUCUCAGAGUGCUACUAUGUUGAAAUGCUAGUGAGGUUCCUGGAAUAACUGAAUUAUGAUUAACUGUUUUUAGCCUUAAUGUAUGUGGGAGAGAUGGAAGAACGUGGCAACAGCAGUGGAGGCACAAAGAUGUAAUUUAUUUGACUUGUAUGUAGAUUUACAUGUUUGUAAAUUCUUCGUGUUGGGAGUUUUUUUCCUUUUGACUUUUUUAAUGGAUUCAUUUUGAUUUCCUGUUUGGUUUUGGAGGAAGGCCUGUUCAGAACCUGUCUAACACACAAUUACUUUGAAUAAAAUAUCUGAACGCUUUAUAAAGCUCAGCAGGA